UGCAACAGUGUGGUGUCAAACUCAAGUGACGUUAGCUGUCAGUGUCAGACUCAAGUGACAUUUAAAGUGACGUUAGCUGUCAAACUCAAGUGACAUUUAAAGUGACGUUGGCUGUCAAACUCAAGUGACGUUAGCUGUCAAAGUGAAGUGAAUUAUUAAACUGUGAACUUAAAACUAUCAGUGUUGCCAGUGCAAAUAAAAUACCGAAUUUAGUUAUUUUGGACAAAUAUUCAGUUCCCUUACAAAAAUUAAAUUAACUUGAACUUAGAAUCUAACAGACAGUUUUAAAUACGCAAAAUGGAAAAAAGUGCUGAACAUAGUGUCUAUGAACAAUUAAAAAAAAUACAACUAGGCUUACAAAUACAAAUAGAAAAAACACAUACUAACUUUAAAAAAGUACCUAAAGACCGUUUAUCAUGGAAUUACAUCGAAAUGAAAAUAAACUUACUUGAUCAAUUGUGGGAAAAGUUUCAAAACAAUCAGAUUAAAUUGAUCGAAAACACGGAUAGUGACGAAUCGCAAGAUGACACCAUUUUCAACACAUAUAGCGAAGUCGAAGAUGAGUAUGUGAGCACAAAGGAAACGAUGUUGAAAAAACAGUGUGAAUAUCCACGUCCAACUAAAUCCAACGAUGGAACUGAAAACAAAGAUUCAGAAAUUUCAACACAACAAAUUAAACUUCCUCCAAUACAGAUUCCAAGCUUCGAUGGAAGUUACUAUAACUGGAUUCCAUUUUCUGAUCAGUUUGUUUCACUUGUACAUAACAACAAAUCUCUUAGUAAAGUCAACAAACUACAUUUACUGAAACAAAACUUAAAAGGAGAAGCCGCAACUUUACUUAAACACAUACCUGUCACUGAAGGCAAUUAUGACUCAGCUUGGUUAAAACUGAAGGAGAGAUACAGCAACAAAAGAGUUAUAAUAAAUUCAUAUUUGCAAAGAUUGAUGUCACUUAAAAUUAUAACAACGGAAAAUGCGAUCCCUAUCAAGAAUUUAUUAGACACAACAACGGAAUGUUUGAGCGGAUUAAAAGGCAUCGGAGUAGACACAAGUUCUUGGGACCCAAUGAUAGUUUACCUACUGACAAGCAAGUUAGAUAAUGAAUCCUUAAAAGGUUGGGAACAAGAAAUAAGCAAAUACGAUAACGAGACACUACCAACAUUCGAAGACCUUUCAAAAUACUUAGAGUCAAGAUUUAGAUCACUGGAAAGAAUUCAAUCAACAAAGGGAAACUUACGUACAUAUACAAAACCUACGACUAUAAAUACAGAAAAAAGAGUAUUUUACAAUACGCCUAAAGAGGGUUGUGUACUUUGUGGCGAAGACCACUAUGUUUACAAAUGUCAAGGCUUUAUACAAAUGUCCAUUCAAGACAAGAAAGCAUUUAUUGAGAAGAACAACCUUUGUUUCAAUUGCAUGAUACCUAACCAUGCAGUGAAACAAUGUAAACAAAAGUCAAGAUGUCGCAUUUGUGGAAAACGCCAUCACACGCUCAUUCAUACUGAGUAUCACAACAACAAACCUCCUGAAAAUAACGAACGACAAGACAAUUCAACCCAAGGAUACAAAGAGACACAAAACACACAGACAAAAGAGAGAGAAAACAUAGCAACACAUUACGCAAUGGAAGCUGGAGUCCAACAUACAACUAACAUCUUGUUAGCCACGGCACUUGUCAAGGUGACCGCCGAGAACGGACGUACACUACAACUACGAGCACUUAUCGAUCAAGGGUCUGAAGGAUCAUUCAUCACCGAGAAAGCUGCACAAGACCUGGGUCUUAAAAAACAAUAUGACAGAACAUUCAAACUCCCAGUAAAGGCAUAUGUGCUAAGGUCAUUGACCCGUCUUCUACCGUCAAGACAAGUUGACAUGCAAUGGAAACACAUACAAGGUUUACAACUAGCUGAUCCACAUUACGGCACACCAGCUUCAAUAGAUCUUCUUCUUGGAGCUGAAGUCUACAGUAACAUUAUAUUGGAGGGUGUGAAACCUGGGUCUCAUAAUACACCAUUAGCACAGAAUACUAGACUCGGGUGGAUUUUAUCUGGAGAGAUCAACUUAACUUAUGCCAAUGACUCAAAACAUAACGUAAUCAACAUGCACAUAUCAACACAUCAAGAAGAUAACGACAUUUUACAAAAAUUCUGGGAACUUGAAUCUGGAGACACAUACAAAAACAAAAAACAAUUAACUGAAGAAGAACAAAAAUGCGAGACAAUCUUUGAAGAAACAUACACCAGAGACAGUAAAGGAAGAUACAUAGUUGAGAUUCCAUUUAAACAGAAGAAUUUGGACUAUGGCAACACGAAACAAAUAGCAGAGAAAAGAUUAGAAUACCUAGAGAAGAAACUUGACAAAGACAAGGAACUGAAGACAGAAUACACAAGAGUUUUGAUGGAGUACAUGCAACUGAACCACAUGGAAGAGAUAACCAAUAACGAAAACGAGACCACAUGUAAUUCCUUUUACAUGCCUCAUCACGCUGUGCUAAAACCAGAGAAAACAACAUCUAAACUAAGAAUAGUAUUUGAUGCAUCAUGCAAGGGUCCUAAUGGAAAAUCCCUCAAUGACAACAUGUUAAUUGGCCCUAAACUACAGCAAGAUUUGAGACAAAUUGUUAUGAGAUGGCGUAAACCUGAAAUCGCCUUUACAUCAGACUGUGUUAAAAUGUAUCGUCAAAUUAAAGUAACCAAUGAGAGUGCUAACUAUCAGAAAAUUUUAUGGCGAGUAAACGGUGAAUUAAAGGAAUUUCGACUUACCAGAGUUACAUUUGGCACAGCUUGCGCACCUUAUCUUGCUACAAAAACUCUCCAACAACUAGCAGCAGAUGAAGAACAGAAUUUCCCCAUAGCUUCUAAAAUUGCAAAAACAGACUUUUACAUGGACGAUCUACUUUCUGGAGCUGACAACUUAGAAGACGCCUUUGAAAUUUAUUCCCAAAUGACAAAUUUAAUGAAUGCUGGAGGAUUUCAAUUGCAAAAGUGGGCAAGUAACAAAUCAGAGUUUGAGGAACAAAUAGAAAAUGGUGAUUCCAAAACAGAUGAAGCGUACAUACUGAAAUCAGAAACUAUUAUAAAAACUUUGGGAAUCAGAUGGAAUAAAAAUACAGACAAAUUUCAGUAUGACAUAAACUUACGACCUCCAACGAAUCAUGUCACAAAAAGAUUUAUUCUUGGUGAAAUAUCACGACUAUUUGACCCGAUGGGAUGGCUGGCUCCGGUUGUUGUGGUAGCUAAAAUAAUCAUACAAAAAUUAUGGUUGGCUAGAGUUACAUGGGACGAAGAUGUUCCAAAAGAUAUAGAGACAGAAUGGUUCAACUUCUGCAAUGACCUGGAACAAGCAAAAAAUAUAUACGUAAAUAGAUGGUUAAACACAAACAACAAUGAUCUAAAGAUAGAAUUGCAUGGUUAUAGUGACGCAUCACAGAGUGCGUACGCAGCAGCCGUUUAUUUACGAGUCGUCAAGGCUGAUGGAACCAUACACGUUCGCCUUAUUACAGCAAAAACUCGAGUCGCCCCAAUCAAGACCGUCUCCAUACCAAGACUCGAAUUAUGUGGUGCUGUACUUUUGACAAAAUUACUACACGAAACAGCUGAAUGCCUUGAUGUAGCUCCUGCUGACAUUCAUGCUUAUACAGACUCGACUAUAGUAUUAGCGUGGCUACAAUGCCACCCUUCAAGAUGGAAGACAUUCAUUGCUAACCGAACCUCUGAAAUAUUAACUGUCCUACCUGCGACAUGUUGGAGCUAUGUAGAGUCGACGCAAAAUCCUGCUGACGUGGCUUCUCGCGGAGCUCCCCCAAGUCAACUCUUGCAAUCUGACUUGUGGUGGUCCGGACCUGAAGAACUUCUGAAAAAAGAUCUUACAUACAAGCAAUUAAAGGAGAACACAACAGACCUGGAAAAGAAAAAAGAAAAGAUUAAUGUUUUCAAAAAUACAAUAACAGAAAAUGAAGACUUUGAUUUACUUCGGAGAUAUUCAAGUUUAACAAAACUAUUACGAGUAACAGCAUACAUACUACGAUUCUUUACCAAGGAAAAACCAAGAGAAAUACAUCUAACAGGAAUAGAAAUAAAUAAAGCCAGAGAAGUAUGUAUAAGAUUAUGUCAAAAAGAAGUGUUUCAAGAUGAAAUUGAAAGAAUAUCUACAAAUAAAAAUGUUAGAAAGGACAGUAAACUUCGUAACUUAAACGUCUUUCUAGACAACAAGGGAAUUCUAAGAGUGGGGGGGAGAUUACAACAAAGCAACUUACCUGAUUGUACUAAACACCAAAUAAUCCUACCUGGAAAUCAUGCAUUUACGAAAUUAAUACUUACCGAUUACCACAUACGUACCUUACAUGGCGGUCCAACGAUGGUUUUGAGUAACGUCCGCAGACGAUACUGGAUAGUUCAUGCUAAGAGCCUCGUUCGACAAGUAGUUCACCAGUGCAUGAAAUGUGCUAGAUUCCGAGUCAACUCUAGAACCCAGAUGAUGGGGUCCUUGCCUGAUGCUCGUGUUACACCCUGUAAACCUUUUUUGCACAGUGGGGUCGAUUUUGCAGGACCAAUUGACUUGAGACUUUCAAAGGGUAGAGGUUGCAAAACACAGAAAGGUUAUAUAGCCAUUUUUAUUUGUAUGGUGACCAAGGCCAUACAUAUUGAAAUUGUCACAUCUUUAAAUACUCAAGAUUUUAUCGCAGCUUUCAAGCGCUUCGUUGCUAGGCGAGGAAAAUGCUCAGACAUGUGGAGCGAUAAUGGGACGAAUUUAACAGCUGGAAAUAAAGAACUUAGAAAAUUAUUUGACAAGAGUACCGAAAAUUUGCAAUCAGAAGUGAAGAACAUCCUGGCUAAUGAUGGUACUACAUGGCAUCACAUACCACCUUCAGCUCCGCACUUCGGUGGCCUGUGGGAGGCUGGGGUGAAGUCAAUUAAAUUCCACCUAAAACGUGUUCUUGGAAAUACUACGCUAACAUACGAAGAGAUGUCUACAGUCACUUCACAGAUCGAGGCCUGCUUAAACUCUCGACCAAUAUCUCCAAUGAGUGAUGAUCCUACAGAUUUGUUGCCAUUGACCCCUGGUCACUUUCUUCUGGGUGAAUCUCCAACUAUCGUUCCAGAGGAGAGCUAUUUGGAUUCAAAUAUUAAUCGACUAACGAGAUGGCAGCUAACACAAAGAAUGUUCCAGGAUUUCUGGAAAAGAUGGUCGAGUGAAUAUUUAUCACGGCUGCAACAACGACCUAAAUGGAUGACCAAACAACCGAAUUUUAAGACCGGAGACCUAGUUUUAUUAAGAGACGAUAGUUUACCACCCUCCAAAUGGUCACUAGGAAGAGUAGUAGAAAGCUACCCCGGUGAAGAUAAUUUAGUGAGAGUGAUAUCAGUGAAGUGUAAAAAUUCAAUUGUUAAGAGACCAAUUACCAAAGUGUGUUAUCUUCCAAAUUAGUGAAUUUUGUUUACUUAUGGACGUUUAAAUAGAGACUUUAAAAACUUUAUUAAUUCAUAUCGUAAUGUAUUUAGUACUUACAAAUUGUUACAUUUAUGAAGGACAUCACGAUGUCCUUGGCCGGCGAUAUGUUUGAGUAACUUAGUAGUUUCAUACAAUUGUACUAGAUGGCGCUGUUCGUCUUUAGCACGCGAUAUUAAAGUUUUUUUUCCGAUCAAUAUAGGUCUUGAGAAAUAUUUUGUACUUAAGUUUUGCAAGGUUGAAUAAACACCUCAUUUCGUA